AUGGCCGACCCCGCGAGGCCCGCCCAUCUCGAGCCCUCUGAGCUGGGCACAAAGGAAUACUGGGACAGCCUGUACACGACCGAGCUCUCCAACCACGCGACCAACCCCUCGGACAUCGGCACCGUCUGGUUCGACGACUCGGACGCCGAGGCGAAGCUGCUCGAGUUCCUGGAGGCGCGGACCCCCGAAGGCGAGAGCGGCGGGGAAGAGGAGGACGGACAUGACAAUGGCGAUCGCAAUCGCAAUCGCAAUGGCGCGGCGGUGAGCCUGGACAAGGCGGCCGACUCGUUCCUCGACCUCGGCUGCGGCAACGGCAGCCUGCUCUUUGCGCUGCGCGACGAGGGCUGGCGCGGGAGGCUGCUGGGCGUGGACUACAGCCCCAAGAGCGUCGAUCUGGCGCGGCAGAUCGCUGCGACCAAGGCCGCAGAGCGACAAGAGGACAACGAGGGGGAGACGCUGGGCGUCGACUUCGAGGAGUGGGACGUUCUCGCCGGGCCGUACGACACAGUGCUUGGCGGCGCGCAGGCAGAUGGAUGGGACGUGGUUCUAGACAAGGGAACGUUCGACGCGAUCAGCCUCAGCGACGAGCGGGACGCCUCGGGGCGGAGGAUAGUGGAAGGGUAUAGGGGACGCGCGCUCAAGCUCGUGCGGCCCGGCGGGCUACUGCUGAUCACCAGCUGCAACUGGACGGAAGCCGAGCUGAAGACCUGGUUUGAAGGCGAGAGCGCAGAGGGCGACGAUGGACGGUUCGUGCAAGUCGGCAGAGUGAAGUAUCCGAGCUUCAGUUUCGGUGGUGUUAAGGGGCAAACCAUCAGCACACUCUGCUUCAGAAAGGAGCGGUAG